GAACUCUGUGACUGUACAAGAUCCACAGUGUGUUUUUUCUUUAAACUCUCAACAUGGUUGAUGCAUUUAAUGGAACUUGGACACUGGUUGACAGCAACUUUGAUGAAUACAUGAAAGCACUGGUUAUUGUAGGCAAUGGUACCAAACCCAAAAUUGUCAUCAGUCAAGUUGUCAUUGAGACGGUGCCCGACGUCAAACGCAGAGAGUUUUCUUACACACUGGGAGAGGAGUUUGAUGAAAUCACAGCAGAUGGCAGAGAAGUAAAGUCCACUGUAACCUUGGAAGGAGACAGUCUUGUCCACGUUCAGAGGUGGGACGGCAAGGAGACAAAGAUUGUUGAAGAAAUCAAGGAUGACAAAAAGAUUACUACCUUGACCUUUGAGGGCGUUCAAGCCGUCUGCACAUAUGAAAAGGCAUAAUGUCAUAAUAACCCUGCAUUGUGACAUUGUGGUUUAUCUAAAUGUUGCAGAAUGUCAAUAAUGUUGGUAGAUGGUAUAAUUGAGACCUGCCUUUCUGUCAAGUUGAAUGAAAUAAACACUUGAUCAAAAACUUA